AUGUCGGAUCCUGUCAUACCCUCGAUCGCUGAAAUCCGCAAAUCCGCCCAGGUUCUGAGUGCUCCGGAUGCCCUUGCCACUGUGGUCAAGGUUGGCGAUUUUGCCGUCAAAUUCGGCCCCAGCGUGACCAUGUUAGAGGCCGAAAAUCUCGAAUACGUGUCCCAAAAUAGCAACAUCCCGGUACCAAAGUUCUUCGCCGCCUUUACCGAACCAGAAAUAAAGAGUACUUUUAUCGUCAUGGAACACGUGGACGGCGUUCAACUCGGAGACAUUUGGAAGUCCCUCACUCCUUCCGAGAAACUCGAUGUCGGAAAGCAGAUCCAGACCGCUGUGGAAAAUCUACGUACCCUCCAACCUCCCGGGUAUCUUGGAUCUGUUCGCCGGCAGGCUUUCGCCGAUGCCAUCUUUUAUUUAGAGGAACCUAACUCAGCCGUGCAAGGUCCUUUUGAAUCCGAGGACGAAAUGAACGAAGCCAUGAUCCAGAAAAUGGCGGAAUACUUACCACAACCAUCUCAGUCACUGAUGCGAACGCUGAUGUCAACCACGUUGCGAGGCCAUCAAACCACGUUCACUCAUGGAGACUUGCAGCCAAAGAACAUCAUGGUGCGUAGGACAGGAACAAGAGAUAAUGGGACCGGGAUAUUUGAGAUCAAGAUUUUGGAUUGGGAGGUGUCAGGCUGGUAUCCAGAGUACUGGGAGUUUUGUAAAUCGACAGUUGCUGGUUUUGCCAAGCCCGAUUGGCUUGAACUGGUUCAGCAGAUUAUGCAUAUCUAUCCUAACGAGUACCUGAUGAUGGAGUCGGUUCGGAGGAUUCUUUUUUGGUAG